AAAAUGUAGGACGAUUAAACAUAUCAAGUAUGACAUAAUAUAAGAAUUUUUAGAUUCUAAAAAAAUGCAAUGGAAAGGUUAUAAUAUAGAUUGAUGAGCAAUUAUUGAAUGCUAUUAAUACACAUUUCACAAUAAAACCUCAGCAAGUUGAAAAAGAAGUACCAUAUUAAAUUAAGAAAUAACACAAUUUUUAAAGAAGGAUAGUGCCUUUCUUUAUGAAUCAAUUCAUGCAUUGGGCAGAAGAGAUGGGAUACAAAUAGGUAGAUGGAUACCUAAGAGGUAUUCAUAAAAAGAAAACAUCAAAAUAAUAAAAGUUUGAGUUAGGAGAUCUUAAGAAGUUGUUUGGUGUUAUAAAUCCACGGACUAAAAAAAUAUAGAUGGAAACUCAACACAAAUGGAUUGAAUUUUUAAGUGUUAAGGCUGAGAUUUGUGUACUUGUCAACAAUAAGAUCAAGGACCAAGAAACAAAAUAGAUGUAUAUCUAAGCCAUUGAGAAUUUGAAAGAUGAAUUGAAAAAAGAACAACCAUAUGAUAAAUUUUUGAGUCUCUGUAAAAAGGAGGAAUCAAAUAAUUCUCUAUUUGAAGAAUCCAAAGAGAUAUCAAUCAAAGAAGAAUAUUCAAGUGGUGAAUAUGCUCCAACUUAUAAGAACAAUCCUUAUCAUUAUUUGAGUUACGCAUAUAAUAAUUAUGAUUGA